AUGAUUUCUGGUCAUUGGAGCCCUGGGUUACGGAAUUUACAACAUGUCUUCUAUGGUCCCGGGUGCGUCGAGAAACAUUUGCUUGGUAUCUUGAAAACUUCUUCGUCCAAGGUCUUCAUCGUCACUGGUACGUCCUUGGCGACAAGAACGCCCCUGGUGCAGCAACUUGAACAACUUCUUGGAGAUCAUCAUGCCGGGACCUUUUCUGAGGUUCGACAACACGGCCCCUUGGAAGAUGUUGAUAAGGCCGUGGCAGCUAUCUUAAGCCAAGGGGAAGGAGUAGAUACUAUUCUAUCUCUCGGUGGCGGUUCUCCUAUCGAUACAGCAAAGGUAAUUUCUUUGCGUGUAAGCGAAACACGAGGCAAAUUUCUCACUCACUUGACAAUACCGACUACCUUGAGUGCGGCUGAAUGUACAUCUGGCGGUGGAUAUACCAGGUCCGAUGGUGUCAAGGUCGGAUUCCGCAAACCAGAGAUGGGCGUGUCGGUCAUCUUUUACGACUCGUAUUAUGCGCGGUACACCCCCAAGGACCUCUGGUUGAGUACGGCUAUGCGUGCUAUGGAUCAUGCAGUCGAGUGUAUGUACCAUCCUCACUCAACCGAGGUCCCGUGGAAGGCUCUAUCACAAUGGGUUGUAAGGGAAUUGUUCGAGUGUUUACCUCUAGCUAGAGACUCUCAUCCUAACGAUGAAAACGUUAAUACUCGACUUAUGCUUGCAGCUUACGCUAGUUCUGGAUUGAAAGGAGACAAUCUCCCAGGUGGAAUGGGCCUGUCACACAGCUUAGGCCACGCACUCGGUAGCCCUUACGGCAUUCCACACGGUAUUACUUCGUGCAUGACGUUGGGGAAGGUGGUAAAGCUGAAAGCGUUUGAAUCGCCGGUAAAUGCUGGUCAAAUUGCCCGCCUCUCAGAGUCAACGGGAGGCAGUCGGACUGGGGACAAUUUUAGCGAUGCCAUUGCAGUUGGCGAUCGUAUACUGGAACUUGUGCAAUCUUUGAAUUUGAAUAUUGGUACUCUUUCCGAUCGAGGAGUCAGCAAGGACGAAGUACCCAUAAUAAUGCAGAGAGCAUUAGGCGGGAUCACCAAAGGGCCCCUUUAUGACCAGCUACACUUCUACAAAUUAAGAGCGGUUCAAAGGUCCUUUGUAUUCUCUGCUGAUAUGCACUGCUAA